UCUUGCUAUCGUUACGGUUACUGUAUGCUGAAGGUUCACAUGGGUACGGUACUAAAUAGCAGGUAAUCAGGAUAUUUAGCUUAUAAAAUAUCCAAGAUGGCCACAUUAAGGGAUCGUAUCAAGCGGCUGAACCUGAAGAGUAUUCAAACAUCUCAAGAUGGUUCAGAUGAUGACGAAUUUGAAUCAAUGGAUCCUCUUGAACGAUUAGCACGGACCCUGGAAUUAACAGCAGCAGUUCCAAAAUUCAAACCACAAGAUGGUCAACGGUCUUUGCGCAAUAAAGAAGACAACGAGGAAGAAUUAUCAGAUGAGGAUGGAGUUUACAAUCCGUUUACACAUCCUACUAAAGUUGAUCUUCAAAUUGGGCCUAGGACUGUCAUUCCAAGCAUGUACAAACCCGUCCAAAUCAACAUUACUCCGCAGCCUGUCUGCUUUGAAACUGCAGCAAAACUACGAGAUUGCCUGUUUGGAAACCGUUUAUGGUCAUUCAGUCCAGAGUGGAAACAAGAUAGUUUCCAAUUCCAGGCCAUUGACUCAGCAUUUCCCUAUGGUCUGUGGACCACGGAGGACUCAACACGGAAUGUAAUAAUAUGUGUACAAGCCUAUAUAAUGAAGAAUCUGUUAUUUUUGGAUGAACCUCAAGUACAAACCGUGGGUGUGACAGCAAGCGGCCAACCCUCCCAAACAGAAAAGCUAAAACCAUUCGAACAGCAACGUUGCGACGCAUUGAUCAAAGCAAUCAGUGACAUGUUAUGGCAGGCUGGAGAGGAACUCUCGGAAGAUUUACAGGGUGAGAGGCUAAUUUUGCCCUCUGAUCGAUGCAGUACAAACAUGGUCAAGCUGUUGCUCACAGGACAAGCGACACCGUAUUUAUUCAAUGGCUCCUAUGAAUACGACGAAUAUGGAGACAAAAUGGUAACUCCUCAAAUUGGAUUGUCUCGAAGAAGCGACAUUGGAAUAAUGUAUUUAGACCACCGAGACGGGCGCCACCAACGUCCACAAAUUAUUGAGGUUGGCACAAUGCUAAAGACUCCUAAGUAUCCCGUAUGGGUAACGUAUAUCAAUGGAAAGUGUGGACUACUGUUUUGCUUAAAGAGGAACUUACUUCGCGAGGCACGUUCUGAACACUGCUUCGAUCUCCGCUACUACACAGGACAGCGAAGUCAGACCGAAGAGGCAAAAAUAACUGUCGACAACAUUUCAAAGCAUGGUGAAAGGAAAAAGAGUAUAUACUAUUCUAAAGGAGAACGAAAACCGUUAUUAGAAGAAUGCAUAUCAUCAAGGUGGCCCGAGGCUCUCAUUGAUUGGCACGGGACUUUACCGUUUAUUUAGAUACCAAUGAAGAGGCGAUUUUGCUAAAAUAACCUCGUAAGAACUUUUCGUGGUGUAUUCAUAUUUAGCAACUGGAACGAACAUAAUUAGCUUGACAACAAAUUGACUUUUCAUCUAUGAGUUCGUCAUUCGUUCCUGUGAAUCCAAUAUUACAGGAGCCACAAGGGUUAAAUAAGUAGUAGCUUAUCCCUUUAGCGAAUAAUCUUUAAUGAAUUCUACUUGCUGUUAAUAGUUUACUGGAACUAUGGUAGCAGGGUCACCAACGAGCAGGUUAACAGCAUGACCAAACCACCACCAUGUAUGAGUACUGAAUGAAAAUAAACAUAAUAAUUCAACUAAACGGAGGAUGCAUUUAAUUUAAACGAACUUAGUUUUAAUACUUUGGCAACGUAGAAAUAAAGAAAAACACCCAUUCGCAUCGUCAUCAUUAUCAUCAUCAUCUUCAUCAAUAUCGUAAUCAUCAUCAUCAUCAUCAUCAUCGUCUUCGUCGUCCUAAUCACCACCACCAUCAUCAUCAUUAUUAUCAACUGAGUUUGAAUACUCUGCCAACAUAGAAACAAAGGGAAGCACCCACUCCCAUCAUCAUCAUCAUCAUCUUCAUUAUCAUCAUCCUCAUUAACAGCAUCAUCAUCAUCAUCAACAACAACAACAUCAUCAUCUUCAUUAUCAUCAUCAUCAUCAUCAUCAUCAUCAUCAUCAUCGUUG